AUGGCCAAAUUUCAAAGAUACGUUCGUAUCGACGCUGCAGCACAACGUCGGCGUAAUCGCGACAAGUACGAGGGAAAUCGUCUACAGCUCGAGAACAGACUGAAUGCCGAAAAAUCUCCGCCUCCUCCGGUGAAAGAAGAUACUGUACCGCUCUGGCCUGGUGAACUGAUGAUGCACAUCAAAGAGAAGAAGCGCCAGAAAGAAGUACACGGUCCACUGAACUCAAGGAAUCCACCACAGCCUGAUACUGUGAAGUAUCCACCACAGUCUAGCCCUGUGAAGGAACAUCCCCGAUCCAGUACUGUAAAGGAUCCUCCGCGGUCCGCUGCUAGAAGAAGCGCCAGAAAGAAGUACGACGGUCCAACUACUGUAAGGAAUCCACCACAGCCUGAUACUGUGAAGUAUCCACCACAGUCUAGCCCUGUGAAGGAACAUCCCCGAUCCAGUACUGUAAAGGAUCCUCCGCGGUCCGCUGCUGUAAGGGACUCUCCACGACCCAGUUCUCCAAGGAGUCCACAGCGGUCCGCUACUGUGAGGAAUCCAGGAAAGAUAUCGACAAAUCGUCAGAAUCGAUAUACAAUAAGAAGUCCUGAUAGGGUUGAAAGGAAGAAGCAAACGCGGAAACCAAUGUCUCCACAAGCAACGAGACCAAAAGAACCAAUCAAACGAAUGAAUGAUCUGCAAAAACGAAGACGUUCCGAAGAUUGA